UUUAUUUCGAUUUCCAGUAGUAAAGCCGCCAAUAAAAUCCUCCUCCAAUCCUGGGUUCUCAAUAAUCCAGAAUCUUCACCCACCCUAAAAUGUCGAUGUAUAUUGCAAUCCGCCGCUUUUCAAACCGGUCGACGGUGGCGUCUCCAUCUUCGGCGUUGCGUUCUACUUUGUUGAGGUAUUACUCGUCAACGUUUCGGGAAGAGCGCGACACUUUUGGCCCCAUCAAUGUCCCGUCUGACAAGUUGUGGGGAGCUCAAACUCAGAGAUCACUGCAGAAUUUUGAAAUUGGUGGGGAUCGUGAACGUAUGCCUGAGCCUAUAAUACGAGCAUUUGGAGUUUUAAAGAAAUGUGCUGCCAAGGUUAAUAUGGAAUAUGGCCUUGACUCAACAAUAGGGAAAGCAAUAAUGCAGGCUUCCCAAGAAGUUGCUGAGGGAAAAUUAAACGAUCAUUUCCCGCUUGUUGUAUGGCAAACUGGCAGUGGUACACAAAGCAACAUGAAUGCCAAUGAGGUUAUUGCAAAUAGGGCAGCUGAGAUUCUUGGUCACAAGCGUGGUGGCAAGUUUGUGCAUCCAAAUGACCAUGUAAACAGGUCACAAUCUUCUAAUGACACAUUUCCAACUGUGAUGCACAUUGCAGCAGCUAUGGAAAUAAAUUCCAGAUUUUUACCAAACUUGAAGAAUUUACAUUCUACACUUCAUGCUAAAUCUAUUGAAUUUAAUGAUAUAAUUAAGAUUGGACGUACUCAUACCCAAGAUGCAACACCAUUGACACUUGGUCAAGAGUUUAGCGGCUAUUCUACACAAGUCAAAUACGGAAUUGAUAGAGUGUUAUGCACUUUGCCGCGGAUGUAUCAGCUUGCGCAAGGAGGUACAGCUGUAGGAACUGGAUUAAACACAAAGAAAGGGUUUGAUAUCAAGAUUGCUGAAGCAGUUGCCGAAGAAACUAACUUACCUUUUGUAACUGCUGAAAACAAAUUUGAAGCAUUGGCAGCACAUGAUGCUUUUGUUGAAACAAGUGGUGCUCUCAAUACUGUGGCUGCUUCUCUUAUGAAGAUUGCUAACGAUAUAAGAUUUUUGGGAAGUGGUCCACGAUGUGGUCUUGGGGAAUUAAUUCUUCCUGAAAAUGAACCAGGAAGCAGUAUAAUGCCUGGGAAGGUUAAUCCCACACAGUGUGAGGCUUUGACUAUGGUCUGUGCUCAGGUGAUGGGUAACCACGUAGCAGUUACUGUUGGAGGAUCAAAUGGUCACUUUGAACUAAAUGUGUUCAAACCCCUCAUUGCAAAUGCUCUCCUACAUUCGCUGAGAUUGCUGGGUGAUGCAUCUGCUUCUUUUGAAAAGAACUGUGUAAGGGGAAUUCAGGCCAACAGGGAGAGAAUUUCAAAAUUGCUAAAUGAGUCUCUUAUGCUUGUGACAGCUUUGAACCCAAAAAUUGGCUACGACAACGCUGCAGCAGUUGCCAAGAAAGCACACAAAGAGGGAACAACAUUGAAGGAUGCUGCCUUAAAGCUUGGAGUUCUUACAGAGGAUGAGUUCCACCAAUAUGUGGUGCCUGAGAAAAUGAUUGGUCCUUCUGGUUAGUCCAUAACAAAUUUUCUAGCUUGAUCCAUACGAUUGAUGGAUUGGAAUUGUGUAUUGUUCUCUCAAUUUUUGUGGGUCCUUCCCAAUUUUAAGUUGGAUUAUGAAAAACUUUAAUUCAAUUUUAUUAUUGAGGCGUUCCUAGUGAGGUGUUUCGAGUUCAAUUAGCUCUUCAGAGCGAGCGGGCAUAAUGUUGUAUUUUUGUUUCAAUAAGGACUUAAGAGAAAGCCUCCUCAUUUUUAAAGCAAUAAAAUAGAAGUAAAUUGAAUUGAACCUUAUUUUUAAUUUUAAUUAAUAUGUUGAUUUAGACCUUUUUACUAAA